AUGAAUACCACACAGGAGUUCUCACGGCCCGACUUGGUGCGUCGGUUCACUAAUGAACUUAAGGCCGAUUCAGAUCUAGCUUCUCAGGUCAAGUCGUACCAAGAUGACUUGGACAUAGAGAUUCAUACGCAGGACAAAUUGCGCAUGGAUCGCAUUUAUUAUGGACAACCGCCGAUAGAGAGUUAUUUUAAAGGGCUCGAACUAGCGCGUCAAACGCUUCAAUCCAAAUGCGAUGAAUUCUUCAAGUCUUUGGAUGAAAAGGUAGAAGCAGAAAAGAGCAAAUCAGGACUCUCGCGAUUCUUGCAUCGAAAUGCGACCGAACAGAAACUGGCUAGUUACAUCCGCCAACGAGGGGAGCUCACAGUGAAUCAAGUUACUUCUAUCGUCAAUGAGGUGGAGGCCCAAUGGACAGAGUCAAACAGCAAGGCGGCGACGAACUUCGUGAAGAUAUGCCAAAGGUUUGACGCACAUAAGCAAAUUUUUCAGUGUUUCCCAAGUCAAACCACUUACACAUCUGCUUUGUGUGGUGCUGUCACGAUGGUCAUUCAGGCUUCGGUCAAUUACUCGACGAUUGCGGAAAAGCUAUCAGGCUAUAUAGCGGAGCUGUCAGAGAGCAUCGCAGUUUGUACACAGUGGCUCGACCUCUACGACAACCCGGCCAUGCAAGCACGACUGUCCGAUAUCUAUACGCAAUAUUUCCAUUUCUUCAUUAAGGUAGCCACCUGGUAUAUGAAACCAAAACCUUCAAAAUGGCUCGACUCGUUCAACUCGAACUUUACGACUGGCUACGAGGACACGACAGAAACGAUCAAACGGUCCAUUCUACUCAUCCGUGAUCAGGCGUUAGUCGAGAACGCAUGGCAGCUAAAUAGGCUUGACCAGUCAUUUACUUCCUUUGAAAAGAGGCUCUUUGCAUGGGUGAACGAAAUUCGAAACGAGAAAAAUGAGGCUGGGGGAACAAUGACUACCCUGAUGUUGCAGAUGACUGAACGCAUGGGUCUGUGGGAAGAACGCUUCGAACGUAUGCAGCUGCAAGCUCAGCACGAUACCGGAAAAACAAUAGAAACAGGGCCUACAUCGGUAAACGAAAGAGAAAUCGCAGAAAUUGAGGAUGUUCCUCGGGGUCUCAGUAGGUCCGAGGCCAAAUUGGCCUGCCAACACCUUCAGUCACAGAUUGAUCAAACGGGAGGCAGUGAUGGAAUCAGACUCGCUCUCCAAACAGGACGACUUGUCGCCGAGCCUACCAUUGUCCAAACCCUCGGGAAUUGGGCACAAGCUACAUCAGGCAAUGCUCUCAAACUCUGGAUUAUCAGUCCCUUCGAAACAGGCCCACAAACCAGCGCCCAACUCGCCGCUCUCGGGGUUAUUUGGACGGCAAUCCGAGCUCGAGCUCAAUUUGUAUCCUACAUCUGCCAACGACCCCGGUAUGGAAGUAACCCUGAGAUUCACAACAUCGAAGACAAAGCCGGCGUCAUGGCGAUGGUUUACAGUUUGAUCUUCCAGCUGCUGCAAUUCCAACCGCGUGAUGACAAAGUGUACCUACAGCCGGAGAUGCUCAAUCGACUCACACAGCCGGGGGAGCGUUGGACGACGGGCUUAAUGCUGCUUAAAUACCUGUUGGAGAAUACACCUACCCUGCGGUACUGCAUCGUCUCUGGGAUCAACCUUCUUGAAGGAGGCGCACGGGACAUGUGCCAGGAGUUUGUGGACUUGCUCUUUGCGCAUUCCAGGAAUACCGAUUGGCCACUCCGGAUUCUUUUUACUACUUCUGGACAGUCCCGGUCGCUUGAUGGUACUGUGGACAAGGAAAGCAAGGUCAUGUCUCACAGCACCUUUCGUCAGAUGAAGGGGAGACUCGUAUACCGAGAUGUCCAAAUGUCCGGUUAA